AUGGCGCCAGGGCAGCAGGCUCCUAGCAGUAUGCCACCGCACUUAGCGAAUCAGUACGACAAUAAUAACACCCGUCAGCAAAGCCUGUCGAGUGGCAGCGCCAACAACACCGCACCGCAUCAGCAGAGCAUGUCGCCGCAGCCGCAGCCAAAUAGGAACAGCAACCCCACGGGGAACAACGGCACUGCUACCAACGGAGAAGAUCGCGGCGGCGUGCAGGAGGGUCAGAUGGUCAAGAUGCUCGCCACCGUAGAGGCAUCCACGGUGAGCUAUGUGCCAGCGACGCAGGUGCUCACGUUCUACAUCACGAGUAUAUGUGAUUCACUGACCUACGAGAUCCACACCGGUGUGAAAGAGUUCGUGCAGGAAGGCAUUGUGCUUUACAGACCCAACAAACCAAAGAUGGAGCCUGUCAAGACGGAAAUCCGUGGCCCACAGGAGAACCGCCGGAUUACCUUAAAGCUUGACGUCAACUCGCUGGAGGAGAAGGAGAAAGCAUUCAAUAAGCACUACCCCAAACAGAUGCCGUGCGUUAUCGUGCUCCGCUACAAGACCACUGAGCUGCAGAAGCGUGACGGCGACCGCGACAACAACUUCGAGGAAGAGAUGCAAGUGGAGCAUACAGAGCACACCUGCGUUGACCUCGCGGAGAAGCCGAAGCGCCGUGUCAUCAGCCAGACUGUGACGGCGGGUGGCAGCGCCUACUCAGUAGAGAACCUUUACGGCGCGGAUAACGAUGGCACGACGCCGGCAACCCGCAGCGGCGGUGGUGCCGUGAUGAUUGGCUCGACAAUCGAGGACGACGAGGAUGGACUGUGCGUGAUAUGCCUGACAAACCCGAAGGACACGGCUGUGAUGCCGUGCCGCCAUAUGUGCAUGUGCAAGGACUGCGGUGAGCAGCUGUUGAAGCACAAGCCUGUGUGCCCGGUGUGCCGCGCUCCGAUUUCAACACUGCUGCACAUGCCCUCACUGAGCAACAACACCGCCGCACACACUGCAUAG